AUGGAAAAGAUUCUUGUAACCAUCUCCACUGGAGCUGCUUCAAUUGCUGUUUUGGCAGUUCUCUUCACUGUUCCAUCCCUCUAUAAUACUAUCAAUGAGGUUCACGAUCAGGUUCUCGAUGGAGUCUCCGUUUUCCGUGUUGAGACGGAUUCUGCAUGGACUGAAAUGAUGGAUAUCCAGGUUACUGUCACUCCACCAACCAAGCCACGUGUCAAUCCAUUCAACUCAGUUUUCCGUCAAAAGCGUCAAACUUUCUCCGGACUUCCAGCUUGGUGCCAAUGCGAACCAACUAAGCCAACUUGCCCACCAGGACCACCAGGACCACCAGGACAGCCAGGAGCUCCAGGAGCACCAGGAGCCCCAGGACCAAAGGGAGAAGACAGCACUGUCACUUAUGCUCCAAUCCACUGCCCACCAGUUGCUUUCGACUGCAUCGCGUGUCCAGCUGGACCAGCCGGACCAGCCGGACCAUCAGGACCAGCCGGACCAGCAGGUCCAUCUGGACAACCAGGAACUCCAGGACAACGUGGAAACGAUGGAUUCCCAGGAGCUCCAGGAGCACCAGGAGACAACGGACAACCAGGAUUCCCAGGACAAGAUGGAGCUCCAGGACAGCCAGGAGCCGAUGGACAACGUGGAGCUGGAACUCCAGGAGCCCCAGGAGCUCCAGGAAAUGCUGGACCAGCUGGACCAUCUGGACAAGAUGGAUUCCCAGGACAAGACGGAGCACCAGGACCAGCUGGACCAGCCGGACAAGAUGGAUUCCCAGGAAACAAUGGAUCAGAUGGACAACCAGGAACAUCAGGAGGACCAGGACUUCCAGGAAACGAUGCUGCUUAUUGUGCCUGUCCACCAAGAUCUGCCGUCUUCCUUUCCCGUCAUUAA